AUGACCAAAGAUCAUUCAUUAACUUUAUUAAUAUUUGUUAAUGCAAUUGGUUCUGAUAUCAUUGACAGUACUAAAAAUGAAUAUCGAGUUGCAUAUAAAAAUGAUGGCUGCACAAUUGAAGGAUCAACAUACCAUGAUUGUACGUGUUUAAUAUUGGAGUUAAUAUCUCGGCAAUAUUAUGCGUCUGAUUAUGGAUUCAGUAUCAUUAAUACUAAAAGAUCAAAUGAAGAACUUAAAGAUGAAUAUGAACGUAAAGUAGAUAAUACAAUUGUGAAGAUUGAAUCAGAUAUCUAUAAUAAUUUUGUCGAUAACAAGUCAUUUGUAUUACAAGAAGGAAAGUACAAUCUUAGAAUUACAAAUGAGCCAAGGUUAUAUGAAAUCAAAGAAAAUUUAUCGGUUUCAUUCCACCUAGAAUCACUAAAAGACAUCUCAAUAAUUUCAACAUCGAAUGGAACAAGGAAUGAUUUAAUCAAAAACAAGAUAAUGAAUGUUGAAUUCACGCAAAAUGGUACUAUCGAAAUGACGUAUACAGGAAAAUAUAAAUCGUAUUAUGUUACAAUAUAUGUUUAUAGAUUACCAGAUAUUACAUGCGACUUGAUGACAAUUUCACUUGGAACUUCCGAGAUAUUGGUACAAUUUGGUAAUGAGAAUGAAAACAAAGUCCAUUGUGUCCUCAUGCUUUUCAGUGCCUAUUGUACUGUUAUUAAUUAUCAAGAAACAGGUUUUCAAGUAGAAAAAAAUACCAAUAUUCAGGCGUUCUGGUCUUAUUAG